AUGCACGACGCUGGACAUAACAGCAUGUACGGCGCAGGCGGCAUGUACGCACAUCCCGAUGCAAGGGGUAUGAUGGAUGACAUAAAUGAGAUCAUUGUCACAAAGCUUUUUUCCAGUCGGCGGGAUCUCGAUCGCCUCGCUUCUGCGCAGGAUUUUUCACGUCGGUUCGACUCCAACUGGGGAAGCUACCGCUUCGCCGGCGCAGACAGCUAUGGCGGCUCCCUGUGCCGCGCGAACAGCGCGGCCGGUGGUUCCCUCAUGAACCUCAGUGGGAAGCCCGGUGCGUCAUCUAUCACAGGCUGCGGAACAGGGGCCGCCGGCGUAGAUCCAGACGGCAACGACGGCCGCAGCGUGCACGAGAAGAUGCCGGCAUCGGAGGAGAGGGAAGCAGCGACUAAGGAGGCUGCGGACGAGCGCGUCGACGCCUCUCGCAACGUCCGGCGAAGUGGCCUGGCGGACACGGACGCGUCCAAGCCGUCUGGCAAGUCAACACCGAGCACGGUGAAGCCUAGCAGCUCUGGGGCCCAAAGUGGCGAGACGCACGACGCGCCGACGCAGUCUUCGACCGAAGCAAGCGGCAAGACCAACAAGAGCAAGGACGUGUCCGGCGGUGCGCCUGACAAGGGGCCCAAGACCAGCACGCAGCAGUCGACCGAGCCGAAGCCGACCCCGGCGGGUGCCAAUGAUCGCGGCAUGGCAGCUCUUCAGUCGGUUAAAGGGGGUGCAGGCAAGGCAUCGAAGACCAUGAAUGCGCAGGAAACGAAGUCUCGUACGACUGAGUCGAUCGAUGACAUUCCGCUCCUGGCCGACGACGUCCGACCGAAGCCGAAGCCGGCCGCCCCGAAUGCGCCGACACCGCAGACAUCGGCGGUCACGAAGCCGCCCGCGUCGAAGCCGUCUGAACCGCCGAAUGAGGCGACAGAGACUGCCCAUGCCGUGGACAGCAGCUCAACCACCAACGCAACGAGGGGCUCCACCGCCAACGGCGAGGGCCGCCCCGCUCGCCCACGCAGCCGCCAGGCAACACGCCCCGUCAGUCGCCUCACCUCGAUGAGCGUUGUGGAGUUUCCAGUGGCGGAGGAGGUGAAUGAUGAGAUGGUCGACGGCGGCCUCCACGACCCGGAGAAGGAGGCGGCUCUCCGCGCCGAGCAGCGCCGCGAGCGCGAGAACGCCGCCCGUGCGGCGCGCGAUGAGCGGCAGCGUCAGCAGCAACUAAUCGAGGAGGCGCAGAAGCAGCGCGAAGAGGAGGCGCAGCGGCGGCGACAGAAGAAAGAGGACGAGGCGCGCCAGCGGAAGGAGAUGCUGACGAAGAUGGACGAGGAGCGCAAGCGCGAACGGGACGCCGCCCUUGCCGCGCGCGAGCGCCAGCGGGAGGAGGAGAAGCGGCGCUUUGAGGAUAUGAAGCGCCUGGAGGAAGCGAAAGAGGCCGCGCGUGCCGCCGCCCUGAUAGCGGAGCGGCAACGCAAGCUCGAAGCGGAGAAGGCGGAGGCAGAGGAGAAGACGGCCCGCAGCGUCUCGCGUCAACGCAGCCGACGUCCUACCAGUCGACCUGCCUCCCGCCUGCGCGGUGCGAUCCCGGAGCAGCCUCCGGAUGUGACGGCUGGGCAGAUAAAGGACACGCUAGCGGACGAGGCCUUGGGGAAGUCAGAGCACCCCGACAACGAGAGCCACCACUCCCACGCCGCACAGGCGCUGCGUGCGGCGCAAGCCGAUCGCAAGACGGAGCCUAGGGCGGAAGGGCGGCACACAUCUAAGUCGCCGGCGGAUGUGAGGUGUGCGUCCUCGACCCCGGCCGAGGUGCGGGAAGAACGUGCCGCCCGAUCGCAGCGUUCACAGUCGCCCCUGCCGCAGCAGAAGCAGCCAGCCUCGGCAGAAGGAGUGAUGAGUGGGCCGCCGAGCCACAGCGCCGCGCGUCCGCCGCCGAACUCGAACCCGACGCCGCAGUCGAAGGUGCUCAAUAACUCGUGCCGCUCUCAGCCGAAGGAGGACAAAUCUGUGUCUUCAGCGGGCAAGAGCAGCGCCUCGCGCCCGGCAAACAUGGUGAAGACACUGGUGCUUGUGGAGGAGUUGCGCGACAGCAACCACGCCUUGGCGAUGACGGGCAACUCCAUCAGCUACAAAGGUCAGACGAUCGAGGUGACCGAAGUGAAGACGCGUCCGGAGGACAACUUUAACUACCACUCCAGCGUCGUCCACGACGUCUCCGAGGCGGUGUGCAGCGGCUACAAUGCCGCGGUGCUGGCUGUGGACGCUCCGAACACCGCCAGCCGCUUCGACUCACCCGUUUGGUCUAUCCUCAACCGCAUUGUCCGAACGCUGCUGCAGGAGAACAGCAACCAGGCCGGCCAGCUGCGCUCCGACUUUCAGCUGACGUGCGCCAUGGGGUACCUCUACAAGGACAAGGUGAAGGACCUGCUGACGAGCGCUGAGCCGGAGUCGCCGUUCACGAAGAUUGGUGUGAACCCGUCGCCGAUCUACGGUCCGCGCUUGACAAACCUCACCUACGACGCCGUCACAGACCCCGGCGCGUUCGAGGACGUGCUCACCACCACGCUCUCGCGUGCCUCUGAGGAUGCGGCAAUACAAAAUCUGACAGAGGGUGUCAUAGCUGCGUUUCUGCUCAUCAUGCAGACCCGCGAGACGGACGGCAAGCCGGACAUCUAUCUGUCGUCCCUCGUGGUGACCACGGCCGGUGACGACACUUUUCCAUACCAGUCAGCGAUCUCCCACACCCGCAACGAGUACGCGACGGUGUUCCACCUGGUCCUCGGUGGUCCAAGCUGCACCUGCUUCAUGCUGAACAUCGCCGACGACGACAACGUCUGCAAGGCAGGUGAGACAGAGGAGUCGGUGCAGGAAAGGAUUGAGCGUGUCCUGGGGCUGCUGCAGAAGAUGUCCGCCCUGCCGAACUACGACUUGCGCAGCGGCUCUGUGAAGCGGUUCAUCAAGUACGUCGAGCUGUCCCACAAAAAUGCGCAGGCGCGGCUGGAGAAGGAAGAGGAUGAUGUGCAGCGCCGCAAGGUAGAGCGCUACCUCCGUGAACAGGAGCGACUCCUGCAGGACGCCUACCGCCUGCUGCAGGAGUGGAACAUCAACUGCGGCGGUGAGCUCUAA